UGCAGAAGUUGCCGAACCGCUGACAAUUGAGGAAGGUUGUUGCAAAUUUUGAAGGAUGAACCACCAGGUGGUAAGAUCAGAGCUGAAGUGUUGGACGAACUAGAAAAAAAAAGGUUUUUGAAAAAAGGAGGCGAGAAUUUUUGUUGACGUAGGCUUGAAUGGGAAACUCGCUCCCGGUGGCAAUGGCAAGUUCAGGAAAGAGAGUAAAUCAAAAUAGACAUAUCGUAUAUGGUUGGAGACUGAUGAGGCCGUUGAAUCACAUAUCCCUCCCGCAAUGGAGGAUAAUAUCCCUCCCGCUAACCCUCUCCAAGGUGAUACUUGGGCUAGAGAUCAGCUCAAGGAGUUGAGGGAGGAGCUCAAAAGUGAUAUGACGGAGAUAAAACAAACUCUCGGUGAGAUCACCGAAUCUCUUCGUCAAGUCCAGGAGUACAUUAGAAAUCAAACAUCACAAGGAUAGAAAAUAUCAAAAUUUUCUCCUUCCUCUGUUCUUCUUCUUCCUCAAUAGGUUUUGACUUUUGAACGUUCAUACGGGCUAGAAAAUUACAUAGAAAAAAACUGAAGGAGUCUAAAAUAAAACGGGGCGUAGCAUUUUAGUGAAGCGAUGAGAUUUGUAUAACAGAAUUGGCCACGUCUGAUUCUUGUUAUUUUCUUUUUAAGCAUGAGUGUGGGGAAAACAGUUAUGAAUUUUGUUGAAUGAAAAUCAGUUUCCUUCCUCCUCCUUUUCUCUUCUUCUUUCUCUGUUUCUCCUUCUCAAAUUUAAUUCGAUGUAAUGCAUAUAUGUUGUCGUCACUGCAUCACUAUUUAUUUCUUUUUUUAUAUUGCUUUUGUCAUUUGUGAAGAUAACAUGAAGUACGGGUUUACUUACCUAAAAACGAAAAAUAUAUGAAAAUAUCAAAGAAAAUGAAAAAAAGAGGGUAAUUUUAUUUUAAAAUUUAGAUUCAUCCAGAUUAGUCAAUGAGGAAGUUGUAAUGUAAUAUUACGAAUGGUUCGAUUUAAAUCUAAAUAUCGUGAUCUUAUUUCGAAUAUAUCAUUAUGAAAACGUCUCCGAAAAGUUAUUACAUAUAUGGUAAUUAUUUUUUACAUAUAUGAAGAACAAGGAAAAGAUAGAAGUUACUUAAUAAUUGAAUUUAGAGAUUAUUAUGUUAAUUGAAGAUUUAAUAUAAAUUUUUAUGCCAACAAUUUUUAGUUGAGCGACAAAAAAUUAUAUUGUAGAUAUAAGAGUUUCGAUUUAAUCUCAAGCAACCUCAAUCCUUUUCGCCAAUUAUAAAAAUAAUAUUUUAAUUUAAUAAUAUUAAAGAGUGUGAUUUUUUUUUUGUAAAAUGUUUUUAAUUAUUUUAUUUUUUUAAUUUUAAAAAUAUAGAUAUGCGUUGAAGCCAAUAGCCAAGCCAUCGGGUUCAGGCACAUAAAUGUAGAAAUAGUAUUUUAAAUUUAAAAAGGAGAAAUUAGAAGAUAAUAUUGGAUUUAAGUAAAAGAUACGGGUAAAAGUGAAAAUAUUGAAAGAUAAUAUUGGUUACAGGCAUGCGGUUGAGACCAUGGGUGAAUCAGAAGGGAUUGGGAACUCAGGACAGAUCGAUACAGAAAUGACAGCAUCGGAGGGUUCAUGUGCACCUAAAAGGAAAUGUAUUGGUUUGAAUGCUGAUAGUUACAAUAAUUUUGGUGUCCCCAUGCAAGCAUUGCUGUUGUCAAAGAUGUCACAAUCUGAGAGAAAGAAUUUGGAGUUGAGAUUAAAAAUGGAGCUUGAACAGGUUCGGUUGUUACAGAAGAAAGUUGCUAGUUUGGGCUUGAGGUUAGAUUUUUUAUCUGCAUCUAGGAGUUGCAGUGAUGGGAAGAAGAUGCCUUUGCUCAAUAAUUUUAAUCGGUCUGGAGCAUGGUAUUCAUAAGGUAAGAAACGACCUCUUGGAGGACAUAAUGGAGUCCACUCAAAGAAGAGCACAUCGGGACGAUUUGAACCGAAGCUGGCCGUUGCAGUGAGUAAUUCGAAUGCUUACUUGAUGAAGCAAUGCGAGGCUUUGCUCAACCAUUUGAUGCAAGAUAAUUUCGGUUGGGUUUUCAAUAGCCCUGUUGAUGUGGUGAAGUUGAACAUUCCGGAUUAUUUCACUGUCAUUAAGCAUCCUAUGGAUUUCGGCACUGUGAAGAAGAAGAUAACUUCUGAACAGUAUGCUAGUCCAUUGGACUUUGCUGCUGAUGUUCGCCUUACACUCUCAAAUGCAAUGACAUAUAACCCACCCGGAAAUGAUGUCCACAUUAUGGCCGAGACGCUAAGUAAAUAUUUUGAAGCAAGAUGGAAAGCUAUAGAAAAGAAGCUUCCUAUAACCAUGAAUGUCGUUGAUGCUAUGCGUUCAAUAGCAGCGGAGCACCCUAUAGAAGUUGAAAGGAAUAGUGAUUUUGCUAAGAAAAAAAUAACCCCAAAAGAAAGUAUUCUCAAGUCAGAGCCCGUUAGACAGAUGAUGACCGAUCAGGAAAAGCCGCAGUUGAGCUCAGAAUUAGAGUCUUUGUUGGGCGAGUUGCCUGAAAACAUUAUUGAUUUCCUUAAAGAACAUAGUUCUACUGAAGGUCAAAUGGGCGAGGAGGAGAUUGAAAUUGACAUCGAUGCUCUGAGUGAUGAAACCUUGUUUCAAUUGCGAAAACUUUUGGAUGGUUAUUUGCUCGGGAAGCAAAAAAGCCAGGCAAAAGGUGAACCUUGUGAAAUGGAGCUUCCUAAUGAGUCAGGAUUUAGCAAUUCGUCAAUGCAGCCUUGUAAAGAUUCUGAUUCUGGUAGUGAGUCAGAUGCUGCUAAAGCUUCAGUUUCUGUUAGGUCUACGAAGGAAAAUAUGGAUUCGGGAAAAAAUUUGGACUUAAACAACAGUAGUGUCGCAGUUCCCAAUGGUGCAAAUCAAUCAUUAAAUGAGUUUGGUCAAGUUGAGUUCUCAGAUGAUAAACCUAGUGCUGUUGAGGUAGAGGGCCAACAAUAGGAGGAGAGUGCUCCAUCUGAGAGGCAAGUCUCCCCCGAAAAGCUCUAUCGUGCAGCUUUAUUGAGGAAUCGUUUUGCUGACACCGUACUUAAAGCUCGAGAAAAGGCACUUGAAAAGGGUGAGAAAGGUGAUCCGGUGAAACUGCGAAUGGAGAGGGAGGAACUUGAAAGGCAGCAAAGAGAAGAAAAAGCACGGUUGCAAGCAGAAGCCAAAGCUGCAGAAGAGGCAAGGAGAAAAGCUGAAGCUGAAGCUGCUGUUGAAGCCAAAAGGAAGAGGGAGCUGGAGAGAGAAGCAGCACGUCAGGCUCUUUUAAAGAUGGAGAAGACAGUGGAUAUCAACGAGAACAGUCAAUUUAUGGAAGAUCUAGAGAUGCUUACUACGACCAAUGAUGAAACUUUGCCUAAUUUCAUGGAGGAGACUAGCCCAAGUCAUUCUCAAAAUGAGUUGGGAAGUUUCAAACUCCGGGGAGUAAGUAAUCCCCUUGAACAACUAGGUUUAUACAUGAAGCCGGACGACAACGAUGAAGAUGAACCUCCUCAAAGUGCUCCAGAGCCAGUAAAUGAUGUCGAGGAAGGUGAAAUUGAUUGAAUUGUUUUCUCCGUGUGCUUGUCGAGUCGAAUCUAACUGCAUUCCUGCGAAAUUAUGUCCUCGAUAGAACAUUUUUUGACAUUUAAGCGAAAAAUUGUCUAUUCUAUAUACCAAAAUACAGGAAUUAGGAUCCAAGCUGUUAUUUGUUCAGUUAGUAAUCUUUUUAUUUGGGUUGAGUAGACUUUUCUUUUGUUUAGGGGUUAACUUGUGGGUUUAUCAUGAAGCUCUGCUUGUGUGUGUGUAUAUGUAGGGCUUAUAUUUUGUGAUGCUUUCAGGUUAGGUUUGUAUUUAUUGGAAUCUUUGUGCUAACAAUAAAUAUUGUUUAGUUGUGUUUUGGGUUGUUUUA